AUGAUUAAGACAUUGCCUUUGUUGCUUCUACUUACAAUAUGUUUAUCUGAAGAUACACCAGUAGCAAGAUUUGCAUAUGGAAAUAUGAAUUUACUGCCAAGAUAAAGAGCUCCUUUCUUUAGUGCUAUAGCAGUCACUCCAGAUUUGAAAUUCCAGAAGAUAUCCCUCUCUGAUUAUUCGGGAAAGUAUAUAGUCUUGCUAUUUUACCCAUUUGAUUUCACUUACGUAUGUCCCACAGAGUUGGUUGCCUUUUCAAAUGCAAUUGAUUAAUUCAGAGCAUUGGGAGCAGAAAUUUUAGGUAUUUCUACAGAUUCCCAUUUCACUCAUUUGGCAUGGUUGAAAACACCAAGAAAUCAAGGAGGAGUUGGUGAUCUCUAAAUCCCAUUGUUGGCAGAUAUCUCAAAGAAGAUAUCAAAAGCAUAUGGUGUUUUGGUUGAAGAUGAAUUGGAUGAAUUAUACGGUGCUUCAUUAAGAGGAUUGUUUAUUAUCGACAAAAAAGGAUUAGUGAGAACAAUGCAAAUAAAUGAUGCUCCAGUAGGAAGAUCAGUUGAAGAAACCUUAAGAUUGAUUUAAGCAUUUUAAUAUACAGAUACUCAUGGUGAAGUAUGCCCUGCCAAUUGGAAACCUGGACAAAGAACUAUUGUUCCAGAUCAAGAUAAAAAGGCUGAAUAUUUUGCAAAAAGUGAAUUAUGAUCAUAUAUAUCAGGUUAAUUCA